UUUUCUGUCAAAUGAAUCAUUCGUUUGAAUCUCGCGUUCGAAACAACACUUUAUUCAAUGAAAACUCUUCCAAACCUUCAAACUCUGGUUUCUCUUGAAUCUCACUAUGAAUUCGAUGAACGCUUCCAACUCUUGCGUUCAGUCCUUCUCGUCGUUGCGCUCCACGCCUCCUCCUACGCCCUCUUCCGCCACCUCACUUCACCCCCACUUUCCCCUCUCGCCCUCUGUUUCCUCAUUACAGCUCUGAGUCUUGUCUUUCUCUGUCUUUUACUCCAAACUCUGAUUCCCGUUCGACUUCUUCGACAACUUUCUCGUUCUUCGCAAACAUUUUUGUCUCUCUUGUUAUGGACGGCAUGUCUUGUCCUUCAAAUGGUGGCCUCUGGUCUCGAGCCCGACCGACUACUCGACGACAGACAUACCGUUCCUCCGUUUUGGUCGUUGUUUGCUCUUUUAGUCGCCCAAACAAUGCUUCCUUUUCCCGUAAAAGUCACUCUUGCGCUUCAAUUAUGUGUUGUUUCCGCACAACUCGUCGUUUCGAUUGUCGUUUUUGCGCGCAUUUCUUCGGCUUCUUCGACGGCCGAAACGCAGUUCCUGUUCUGCGACGCUCUUCUUCUGCUUCUUUUUCUAUUGUCUUCUAUAUAUCAACGCCAUGUCUUCGAACGCGAAAGAAAACGCACUUUUUCCGGCGCUCAACACGUGAUUGACGACAGAAUUCGUUUGGAAUUCGAACGGGAACGUCAGGAACAACUCCUGCUUUCCGUGAUUCCCGCCUAUAUUGCAGCCGAAGUCCGGACUCGUAUUCUCGAGAGAACCGCUGCUUCGCGUCAAGACUCGAGCCGUUCCUCACGUUUUCACGAACUCUACGUUCAAAGACAUAACAAUGUGUCUCUUCUUUACGCCGAUAUCGUCAACUUUACGCCACUUUCCGAACGUCUUUCGGCUUCAGAAUUGGUCAGAACUCUCAACGAUCUCUUCGGGCGUUUCGACCAAUUGGCUCAGGAGAAUCAAUGUCUUCGAAUCAAAAUUCUCGGCGAUUGUUAUUAUUGUGUUUCCGGUCUUCCCGUUUCCCGUCCAAAUCACGCCAUUAAUUGUGUUCAAAUGGGUCUUCAGAUGAUUGACGCCAUCCGCGGUGUUCGUGACCGAACUCACGUCCCCGUAGACAUGCGCAUUGGUGUUCAUUCGGGAAAUGUCUUGUGCGGAGUCAUUGGUCUUCAUAAAUGGCAAUUCGAUGUCUGGAGUGAUGACGUCACUCUCGCCAAUCACAUGGAAGCGGGAGGAGUUCCCGGCCGCGUCCACAUCACAGCCGCCACUCGCGACCUUCUGGACGACCGUUUUCUGGUCGAACCGACGGAAGGACAAACACGUGACGUAUAUUUAGCUCAACAUCGAGUCAACACUUUUCUCAUUAUUUCUCCGAAAAUCUGCGAAGAACCCAUUCGAUUGACUUCCGAUCGACGGAAACGUUCGGUCUGUUCGUCGGCCGUUAAGCGAAGUGCCAAAUGGACGGAAUGCGGUCUUAAUUCGGACGCGCCUUUUGCUGACGUCAGUGAACGCGUUAUCGCAAGAAACGUCACUCAAACCAGCAUUGCUCUCAUCGAAGCCUCACUUCUGCCUCCACGUGCUCUUUGUCCUCAACUUCAUUCGCUUCAAGACAUUCAUCCGCUUUGUCUUCACUUCCGUUCUGCAAUUCUUGAACGCGAUUAUCAAUUACACCGUUUCUCUUCCUUCUCUCCGUCCGCCAACUCUUCGGCCGCCGUUUUCCUGGUGUUGGGCGCAAUCCAACUCACUUUGGCCCCCACAAACUGGACUUCUUUGGCGUUGUUGUGUUCGACGGCUCUCGUUCUGCUGGUCGUCCUUUUGGUGCUCAACCUGCAACCCCCGUCCUCCUCCUCCUCCCCCUCGUCCACGCCCAGCCCCAGCCCCACCCCCCGCCACUCGAUUCGAAUCAUUUGUUCGAUUUUUCUCUCGACUUUUCUUUUGCUCGAAAAUUCUCUUUCCAUUGCUUUUCUCGACUGUGAGUCCACUCCCCGCUCUCUCAACCAAUCACUGGUCGGCGAUGGCUGGGAGGGCGGGGCGUGUGAGGCUCUUUUACGGCAUUAUUUUCUCGUUUCUCCGGCCGUCGUUUUGACCGCAGUUUCGCUCUUUUUCUUCAUUGGAUUUCUUUUGAAAACACUUCUAAUGACUGUUUAUCUGUUGGCUAUUCUUCUGAUUCUUUCGCGAACUCAACGUCUUCCUCCCGAAGCUCCGGAACUGUUGCUCUUUCUGUCGGCUCUCGUCCUGUGUUUCCUGUCCCGCGACCGCCGUCUGGAACGCGCUUCUCGGUCACACUUUUUAUGGAGAGCUCGACUUCGUGUCGAACAACAGGAGGUGGAGACGACAGGAGGCGUAAAUCGACUGCUUUUGGAAAACAUUUUACCACAACACGUCGCGCAACACUUCCUCGGCGCUCUUCACGGCGACCAACUCUAUGCCGAACGAUACGCUUCUGUGGCCGUAAUGUUCGCUUCGAUUCCGAAUUAUAAAGAGUUUUACGACGAAAACGACGUCAAUAAACAAGGACUCGAAUGUUUGCGUCUUUUAAAUGAAAUCAUUUGUGAUUUCGAUUUAAUUCUUUCAAAACCAAAGUUUUCCAAAAUCGAAAAAAUCAAAACAAUUGGAAGCACUUAUAUGGCGGCCGCCGGUCUCCAACCUGGUCACGAAUCGGCCGACGGCAAUCAAGCCAUGAAUCGACGUUCAGUUGUGUCGUUAGUGGAACUGUCUUUGGCCUUAAUGUCUGCUUUGGAACAAAUAAAUAGAGAAUCGUUUCAACGCUUUAGACUUCGUGUCGGAAUAAAUCACGGACCGGUUAUUGCAGGCGUUGUCGGCGCUCAUAAACCUCAAUACGACAUUUGGGGAAACACUGUAAACGUCGCCUCGAGAAUGGACUCAACCGGACAAAUGGGAUGCAUUCACGUGACGCGCGACACUGCGAUGGUUCUUCGCGAAGAAGGAUACGCCUGUGAAUCGCGCGGAGAAAUUCAUGUCAAAGGAAAAGGCAUUUUAGAGACGUUUUUCGUUUCAAAAUAA